CUCAGGAACUUCCUUGAGAAUUAAACUGUUUUCUCCAAAAAUGAACUCUAACCUCAUUUUAUUGGUUAUUGUUGCCAUUGGGGCAUGGUGUGAAGCUAAACCACAAUUGCUAACAGGUUUACGUAAGAUUAGAUCUCAUGGAUGUGGAGAACAUCCUCUGGUUGCAAUUUAUAACGAAAUUGGCAUAAUGACAGUGGACGAAAUUCUCGCUGUUUUGGAUGAAAGACCGGACAUAAGAGAUGAAGUAAUCGAGCUUCUAAGAAAAUAUGAUGACUGUAUAAGAGUCGGUGAUGGAAUGAGAUGGAAGAAGGAUUUAAGAGAAACAUUAUUGAGUUUCAAUUACUUUAAAAAUAAGUUAUAGAAGUUUAUAAACAAUGGCAGAGAGUUUUUUUUUCUCUUUA